AUGAGUACGAAUACAAAUAACUUAAGGAAUUAUGACUCUCAGAUUGCAGGUCAUACAGAAGAUACACCUGGAACAGAGGGAUUACCACCAUUCUUGAUGUCAUCUGAUGGUUAUGUCUACAAACCUGUACCAGGCAAGCGUGGAAAGAAGGAAGUUGACUUCUACCAACAAACAGUAUCCACACUACAUCAACAGACCAUCCAUCAGUUCUUGGCAAAGUUUGACAAGGUCAUACAAGUGAACGAUAUUGAGUACAUGGGACUUGAGGACUUGACGUAUCCUUAUCACAAGGAUAGUGUUUGUGUUGCUGAUAUAAAGAUGGGAAUGAGGACUUAUGACAGCACUGCCACACCAGAGAAGAUCAAGUAUGAGGAGCACAAGUCAGUAAACACAACAACAUCAUCAUUGGGAUUCCGUUUCUGUGGUGCAAAGUUACAUCAUCCAGAGACACAUGAGAUAUUGAGAUUGGAUAAGAAUUGGGGCAAGGACAUGACAAAGGAGAAUAUGUUGAAGGAUGGCCUUGAGAGAGUGUUCAAGUGCGGUGGACAGGGAGUGGUGUUGGCAUUCAUAGAGAGGUUGGAGGUACUACUUGAUUGGUUCAAGAAUCAGAAUAGGUCAAUGGCAUUCUACUCUUCAUCAUUGUUAUUCAUAUAUGGCAAGGUUAGAGAUGGUUCUCAACAAGAUGUUACAACAAUGAUCUCACAAGACACUGGAAUCACCAUCAAGAUGAUUGACUUUGCACAUGUAGACCAUCUCACUGGACCAUCAACAACACAACAAUUGUGUUUGGACACAAGUUACAUUCAUGGACUUGAGAACCUCAUCAACUUGAUGAAACAACUU